GUGUAUCAGUUUUUUGAUCCAGUCAUGGCAGAUGAAGGCUACGUUGUACGCAUAAGAGGCCUCCCUUGGUCCUGCUCAGUUGAUGAAGUGCAGAGGUUUUUCUCAGAUUGCAAAAUUGUCAGCAAUGGAGGUGGCAUCCACUUCACAUACACAAGAGAAGGCCGUCCCAGCGGGGAGGCAUUUGUUGAGUUGGAGUCUGAAGAAGAUCUGAAAAUUGCACUGAAGAAAGACAGAGAAACUAUGGGCCACAGAUACGUUGAAGUGUUUAAAUCUAACAACGUUGAGAUGGACUGGGUUAAGCACACCGGUCCAAACUGUCCAGAAACAGCAGGAGAUGCGGUCCGGCUCAGAGGCUUCCAUUUGGCUGCAGCAGGAGGAAUAGUACAGUUUUUCUCAGGGUUGGAAAUCGUGCCAAAUGGGAUAACAUUGCCGGUGGACAUCCAGGGGAGGAGUACGGGGGAGGCCUUCGUGCAGUUUGCUUCACAGGAUAUAGCUGAAAAGGCUCUAAAGAAACACAAGGAAAGAAUAGGGCACAGGUACAUAGAGAUCUUCAAGAGCAGCCGCGCUGAGGUGCGGACCCACUAUGAACCCCAGCGGAAGCCCAUGGGCAUGCAGAGACCGAGCCCCUACGACCGUCCUUCUGGUGGUCGCGGUUACAACAUGUUGAGCCGUGGGGGAUCCUAUGACAGAAUGCGUCGUGGAGGCUAUGGAGGAGGUGCCUCAGAUGGGCGCUACGGCGAUGGCGGCUCUUCCUUCCAGAGUACAACAGGCCAUUGUGUUCACAUGAGGGGCCUCCCAUACAGAGCCACAGAGACGGACAUUUACAGUUUUUUCUCACCGCUGAAUCCAGUGCGGGUCCAUAUUGAGAUUGGAGGAGAUGGUCGGGUAACCGGUGAAGCAGACGUGGAGUUUGCUACACAUGAAGAUGCUGUGGCGGCCAUGUCGAAAGACAAGGCCAAUAUGCAACAUCGUUAUGUAGAGCUUUUCCUGAACUCUACAGCAGGAGGCCGUAAUGGAGGCUAUGGUGGCCAGAUGAUGGGUGGAAUGGGAGGCCAAUCAUCUUACAGUGGUGGCCAGAUGAGUUCAGGAUAUUCAGGUGGCUACAACAGUCAAGGAAAUAUGGGAGGCUACAGUGAUUAUAGUAACCAGGGCGGACUGGGCAGCAGUUACUACGGCAGUGGUGGAGGAGGAGGAAGCAGAAGCUCCAUGAAUGGACUUGGUGGGGGAUGGGGAAUGUAGGGGUGUUUUUUUUUUUUUUUUUUUAAACAGCAUUUUGAUACGACUGGAAAUUAUCACCUAGUAAUUUUAGGCAUGUCAGGGUUUGUGACUUUUUUUUAAGCAAAUGACCUUUUGAGAAAUGGAAUCUGUCAGAGGGAAGUGCUGUUGGUCUUCCUCAAUCCUCUUCAGAUUUGACACAUCACAGAAACUGCUUUAAGUUGCUGUUAUUAUAUGCGUUUUUGUAUUUGCCAGACACUGGCUUCUUCUUUGGCGUUAAUUCAUUUUAUGCUGAUGGCAUUAACAUUAGUUUAGAUGUCUGAAUGCAUGAACAGUAGUCUGUACCUUUUGACGGUCAAGUUGAGCCUAAUGUGUUUUAGCCCUUUUGCACUUCAAUUUGUGUUCAUCUUAAAUUCGGUCUUCACA